AUGGAGGAAAUAGAAACUAGUGAAAUAAGUGAAAUAGCUGUCAUGAAGAAAAAUGGGCUGUAUAAACUUGGAAAGUGCUAUAUUUAUUAUUGGGAUGAUGAAAUUUGAAUUACUAUUGGACCUGAUUGGCCUUUCAAUGUUUGUAUGUAUAUUUUAUUACUAGCUAUUUUGAUUGGAUUCCUUACUGUUAUGGCUCCAAAAGUAGGCCCAUCUCUGCAAUAUUCAGGCUUCUUUAUCAUCACGACAGGAUUAUUGUCAUAUGCCUGUACAGCUUUAAAAAACCCUGGGCUCGUGUUACAAGAUUAUCAAGAAGCCUUACUCACAAAGGUGUAAUUAUUUUUAUAUUUUUUUGAAUAUUAAAAAAAUGCCAAAUAUUGGAAAGAUAAAGUUAAUUUAAUUUGUUAAAUUUAUGUUUGAAUACAAAUUAUUUAAAUUUAACAGAACUAGCUACAGGCUUCAUUAUAAUAAUUAUUGAUUAUAAAUUAGAAUAUUUUUUCUUACUCCCCCCCUCCGUGAGUGAACAAAAAAAAUUUUUUGUUCACUCACGGAGGGGGGUUAAUUUUUUUUUUUUAAAACAAUUUAUAUAUAAAUUUUAUAAAAAAAAAUGUGUUUUUUUCGAAAUUUAAAAAAAUCUUAAUUCACAAAAAUUGGAAAAGCAAAUAUUAAUUUAAUUUAUAAAAUUUAUGUUUUAAAAAGCAAUUCGUUUAAAAUUAAACAGAAUUAGCUCUAGAUUUCAUUAUACUAAUUAUCAUUUAUAUAUCAAAUUUUUGUUUCAAUAAAAAAUUUUUUUAUUAAAAAAAUUUUUGUUCACACUCACGGAAGGUGGGUUUUUUGGCAAAAAAUAGCGAUUUUUCUAAUGGUUUUGUUCACUCACGGAGGGGGGGUUUAUAAAUUUUUAGCUCACUCAUUUAGAUUGAAUAAUGAUAUUCCAAUGGUUUUUACUCACUUAUCAAGGGGGAAUUAGAGCAAGGAAAAAUAUCAAAAGACACAUCAUUCUGCAAAAGAUGCCAAGUCGUAAAAACAUCAAAUUCAGAGCACUGUGAUGACUGCGAUUUAUGUGUAGAAGGGCUUGACCACCAUUGCCCUGUAUCUGGAAAAUGCAUUGCGAAAGGAAACAUUUUAUAUUUUUACUUAUUCCUUGUUACUGUAUUUGCAUUUUUUAUAUAUUUCGUGGUGUGGAUUUUUGCAGUUGCCAGAUUUAGGGUAUCAAAUCAAAAUCAUAAUAAUAAUUAG